AUGUUUGGCGCAAGUGGACAGUCAGGAAAUAGCAGGUUUGCAAAUGUUUCAGUGAACAUGGCUCAACAGAUGCCAAAUCAAAAUUCUCAAUCCGGAGGUGGACAACAGCAAGUUUAUCAGCAGAUACCUACCCAGCCUCAACAACAGUAUUUAUCAUUGCAUAAUUCUGGUUCUAAUAGUGUAUUUGGUUCAGAUCAAUCUCAAUAUCAGCAGAAUUCUCAGCAACAGGAGCCCGUUUGGUUUAAUAAUCCUAAAAAGAGAUCUAUUCCACAAACUAUUGUGAGAAGACCAACUAAACAAACUGGUACUACAGGUGGUUCGAUGGCUACCUCUGGAGCUUCGACUACAUCUUUAUCUUCCGGAUCAACCAAUAUUAAUGCAAACAGUGGAUUUGAAAACUUAACUUUUGGAUCAAAGAAAUCUGCAAUGAUGUUCAAUUCUCAAAAUAACCAAGGCUCUGGAUUACAACAUGGUGGUGACAAUAAUUUGCUUGUUGACUCCAAUGAAGCUCCACCUACAGUUUCAUUAUAUGAUUGGAAACGUGAAGAUGACUUAGGGACUAUGAGCAGUUUACCAUCUAACUGGGAUGGCUCACAAUCAACAAACACAUUGGGUGAAAGUUUAAUUUCUUCUGCUCGUCCAGAAAGUUUGAACGAAUCAUCGGCUCUCUCACUGGGCACUUCAAAAUUGGAUACUUCUGCUAAUGCAUUUGAUAAAAAUAAUGAAAAGAAUCUAUUUUCAAAUCAAGCAUCAUCAAAAUUCGAAAAAUCUAACAAAGUUACAGGUUCACCUAGCUCACCAACAAAUAGUGAAGGUGCAGUUAUAGUAUUUGGUUAUCCAGAGUCCGUAUCAAAUUCAAUUAUAACACAUUUCUCUAAAUUUGGUAAUAUUUUAGAAGAUUUCCAAGUAUUACGUAGUGCUUCUGGUAUAAAUGUCUCAACUCUUCGAUUAUGUGGUCAAAAAUUGGAUCAAAAUGUCAGCAAUGAAAGGAAAUACCCUAUUUUUACAGGAGAUGGUUGGGUGAAACUUACCUAUGAUUCUUCUGCAUCUGCAUUAAGAGCAUUACAAGAAAACGGUACGAUUCUAGGUGGUUCAUUAAUUGGAUGUAUUCCAUACUCUAAAGAAGCAGUUGAGCAAUUGGCAUCAUGUAAAAUUGAGAAGAUUGACGAUAUCGGUCUUUUUAACCAUCGUAUUACUGAAGCUUUAAGUACUAACAACGAAAUCAUUACUCCAGGGGAAUCACAUGUCACGGAACCAGCAACAGUUUCUAUGCUGUCACUAGGUUCAACAAAGAAACCAGAGAUGCAAACACCACUAAUGGGAACAACCCAAGAUACACUUACACCAAAUAUUUCCAAUCAAUUGAAGUCUCCAUUAUCAACACGCAGAUUAGAUAUCAAAGAUGGGAAAUCAUUAUUUGUUCAUAAUGCCAAUUCAGACAAUCACAAUUUCUUAAGAUCUUUAGAGAACAAGAUGCGUCACCAAGAGGAAUUAAACGUACAACAGAAACAACAACAAACCGCCAGUCUAUUGCACAAGGUUAACGACUGGCUAUUCGGAUGGAACGAUCUCUAA